ACUCACAGAGGACCCGGCUAUAAAUACGGCUGCGCGCAACGCACAGUUAGACAUUUUCCCAAAAUCAAACGCAAGUCACAACUGAGCAGGGAACCGUGGGAAUCCGGUUUCUACCUUUUGAUAAGCUCUCUAUCUUGCUCUACAUUUUAUAUCCUAGCCUAUAUUUAGUAUCCAGCUCACUAUGUUGUCCAUGGGUGGAUUACAUUUAAUGCACGUCGUGGCGGCAGCGGUGUGUUCCGUGCUGGCCACAGGGACGCUCGGGUCCCCAGUGGUGGGGCCAGAGCCGAUCCGAUGCGCCCCGUGUUCUCCUGAGAAGCUGAGCCAGUGUCCAGAGGUGGCCCCCGGAUGCGCCGAGGUGCUGCGGGAACCCGGCUGUGGAUGCUGCCUCGCCUGCGCCCUGAAGGCAGAGGAGCUGUGCGGGAUCUACACGGCGCCGUGCGGCUCCGGACUGAGGUGCACCCCGAGACCCGGCGACCCCCGGCCGCUGCACUCCCUCACCCGGGGCCAAGCCGUGUGCACGGAGAGCACGGAGCCUAAGCCGACCCCCGAGCCACAGACACAAGAUCAGGGAGAGCCAGAGGCUGAGAUGGAGAACGCAGCCAUAGUCCCGGACCCCGGCUCCAGCCACUACCUCCCCGGCCACAGUAAACCCUACGACCCGAGGGCUGCUGCCGACGCUCAGGAGAGCAUGAAAGCCAAACUCCUCGCCAACCGCAAGAAAAUGCUCGAUCAGGCGCCCUGUCAUGUCGAGCUGCAGAGAGCCAUGGAAAAGAUUGCCAAAUCCCAGCAGAAACUAGGAGACAAAUUAACCAGAUUCUACCUCCCCAACUGUGACAAACACGGGCUUUACAAACCCAAACAGUGUGAAUCCUCCUUGGACGGACUGAAGGGUCGAUGCUGGUGUGUGAACUCCUGGAACGGCAAGCAGAUGUUGGGUUGGGCCGACCUGCCUGCAGAAGCCGAGUGCCCUUAAAGAGAUCAGCCACUGAUGGAGAUCUCACAAGAAGAAGAAGAAGAAGAAGAAGAAGAAGAAGAAGAAGAAGAAGAAGAAGAAG